CAGGUUUAUUUUGGAACACUCAGUUUACGUUGAAGCUCACAUGAGCCCACCUAAAAUUGCAAAGAAUGGUAGAGUACUACACACUCCACGAAAACCUGAUUCUAAUAUUGUAAUUUCUCCGGUUAAAAUAAAAACAAAAACACUGUCGAGCAGUUUUGAAAAACUUGUCUCACCUGUAGAUGUUUCGAUAGCCUCCCAAAAAUUUCUAGAAUUCAGAGAUGACUUACCAGAGAUUUUAAAUAAAGAAGGUGAUAAUGAAUUAACUGAUGGACCAAAUAGUUUUGGAAGAAUCAAACUACAAUUACCAAUGGCUGUGUUAGUUGAAAAUCAACAAUUAAUAAAAUUGGAAAAUAGUGAUGAUACUUUCACUGUCUAUCACAGAGCUAGCAUUCAAGCUUACGAAGAUGAAAUACCUGAACAUUUAAAGGAUUUUUUUUCCGUUGAAGAAAGAGAUGAUACAUCAACCGAUGAAGCUAGUAUACUUCGAAUCGAACUUGAGAGUGGUCAUCUAUCGAUUAAACCAAUGCACUUUAGUAACCGAAGUAUAAUAAUGAAACAAGAAGUCUACAUUGAAGUUGACUUAGAUAGUGCAGUACCAACUCUUCUUGUUUGCCCUUAUUUAAAAAGAACCUUAGGCGACGAUAUUAAGUAGUUUUUUUUUUUUUUAAAUAUAUGAUUAAUAUACCUAUAGGUAUAAAUAUAUAUUUUUUUUUUUGUUUAAUAUAUUUACAAUUAAAUUAUAAUAA